AUUAGCCCUUCCCUUCGUGCCUGUGUAAUGAAGCACAUGCGCACUGAAUUAAUCACAGCCAUUUUCCCCCCCUCGCAGGAAACUAAUUAGCAGGAAUAAAGAUCCAAAGAGUUUUUUCUUCCCAAUCAUCAGAUCUCACUUUCACCUCUUCCUCGCUCGCUCCAAGUCAAGACUCUCGGCUGCUUUGCAUCCAAAUUAUUUUUGAUAUCGCCUUAACAACUAAUAGCUGCCUACUUGCGCUGCCUUUUUUUUUCCACGCACUCGGCAACAACAAUGAUCUUUCUUUUUUGGCCACCCCUGCACGCAAACUGACCGAAAAGGGGGCGACUCUUCUCGCCUUGAUGGGAUCUUUAGCGCCGUCGACUCACUACUGGAUUAAAAAGCGAACAUCACAAAGCGGCAAAAGACAAAUUGCCUGGAUGCGAUGAACGCCUCAUGUAGGCAUCAGCAUGGACAGCUGUGAGUCUCCCGUGUUUUCUGGGACAGACGAUGGGCUCAGCUCCCCCCAGCAGCAGCAACCUCCACAGCCCUGGAACGAUCACCCUAGCCUGCAGGUUCCUUGCACCAACCAGGCCCCUUCCCUGGACCCGCUGUCUUUCUCGGCUCCCUAUACUUCUCAACCCUCAAAGCCCAGUGCUCUUCAUGAUGAGCUGAAAGGACUACAGUCCCAUCAUCAACAGCCACAACAAACAACCCAGGCCCAACGUGAGAGCCCUGCAACCGGUCAGCUUCAUUCCAAGAGAGAGGGUCUUGAGGAAGAGGAGCAAGACGGGGAGAGCUGUGGAGAAGAGGAAGAAUCGGAGGACUUGGAUGAAAUGGAAAUUGACAGCUGUUUCCCUAGUCUUCAAUCUUUUCCCGGGGUAGCGAUGGCUCCAGGUGGAGGGAGCAUGCCCACUCUUCUGCGUCAUCAGCCCACACAACAACAGGGCAUUGGUGAGAGUGGAAGUGAGGAAGGAGAGGAAGAAGAGGAAGAGGAAAGUAGUGAUGUGGAGAACUUGGCUGGCGAGAUAGUCUACCAACCAGAUGGCUCAGCCUACAUUGUAGAGAGCCUCAGUCAGCUGAUCCAAAGCGGUGGGAGCAUGGUUCCCGGCCUGCUUCCCACAAACUCUAUCAAUAGUGGGGGAAAACCGGGAGAACCAGCUGGGACAUCAUCUUCAGUCUAUCCUCAGAUCAUCAACACGUUCCACAUAGCCUCGUCCUUUGGGAAGUGGUUUGGCAAUUCAGACCAUUUCUCCAAUACCUCAACAAUGGCAGGCUUCAGUCCUGUCCUGCACAGUUUCCGUGUUUUUGAUGUGCGGCACACAAGUAACAAGGAUUACCUUAAUAGCGAUGGGUCUGCCAAGAAGUCCUGUGUUUCCAAAGAUGUUCCAAACAAUGUGGAUUUAUCCAAAUUUGAUGGUCUGGCCCUGUAUGGAAAGGGUAAGCCAAUUCUCAUGUGUUUUCUCUGCAAGCUGUCCUUUGGUUAUGCUCGUUCCUUUGCUACUCAUGCCAUCCAUGACCACCGCAUGACGCUGUGUGAGGAUGAACGUCGUCUAUUAGGGGACAAGCAUGCAUCUGCUAUCAUCCAGGGAAUUGGGAAGGACAAAGAGCCCCUCAUCAGUUUCCUGGAACCAAAUAUUAAAAAUACUCCUGUGUCACCUCUGCUUCCUAUGAACUCUGGCCAGAGCUUUUAUGGCACAUUUAGUGGUGUCCAUUUGGAGUCUGGAAGCAGCAGUGGAGGCAGCGAGACCCGCUUGAACAAAGACUGUGACUCUGGCCUCCAGCAGCAAAAGCAGCAGCAAACCCAACAAAGCUCUGUCUUGCCUCUCGGAAGGCUGGGCACUCCCAAAGCAUCCACUAUUUCCUCAACCCCUGGCUCUGCCAAAGACUGUAGUGCCCUAUCGAAACACGGGGGAAGAACAGAGGAGCCCACUGGAAAAGAAUUGGCUUGUAAAGGAAAAGACGGGGCCACUGAGAGCCAUGGGGGUACGACACACCUCUCUAGCCAAAUGAAGGGUUCAGAGCAAGAAGAAACAUUAUUCGGGGAAAAAGAUGAGGUAGAUGCAGAAAGUACAGUCGUGACCAGUGGUGUUAACAGUAGCAGUGGGGGAGGUGAAGCAGGGGAAGCAGCUGUAUCAAACCAAAGCAUUUCCAAAUCUCCUUUAUUAAUGCCUAGUAGCACUCUCCAGCCUACUGCCUGCACCCCUGCAGUCAGUUACACACUAAACAGCAAAUCCCCUGCUUCCACUUCCUGCUCUGUCAAGGAAGAGAUUUCAGUUACAGAUAGUGAGAGGAGAUUCUCAGAACCCGUUUUGAGCUUUAACUGCCAGGGACCUUCGGUUCCCAUGGCAAUGGCAGCAGCCAAUGUCAGAAAGAGUGAGGAUGACACUGCUGGCACUUCUUCCUCACCUCUGUCCUCCAAUGCUGCUGCUGAUGAAAGUGCCAAUCGAGAUAGUGCCACAGCUCCAGAACCAAAUGAUUGCCCGGCUGAGGAAGAGGAGGAAAAUGGAUCCUUUCUGCAGCAACAUCACAUGCACCACCAUCAUCAUCACUUGCAUACAUCAUCUCAUGGCCACACUCUCCCACAACCUGGAGGUUCCUGUGAUAUAACAGGGGUGACCGACUGUUCGCAGAACCACAGUCAUAGUGGUGGCGUAGGAAGUGGAGUAGAAUGCCCUAAAUGUGACACCAUUCUAGGUUCCUCACGCUCCUUGGGGGGUCACAUGACCAUGAUGCAUUCGCGUAACUCAUGUAAGACACUCAAGUGUCCCAAAUGCAACUGGCAUUACAAAUAUCAGCAGACCCUGGAGGCCCACAUGAAAGAAAAACACCCGGAUUCGGGAGGCUCCUGUGCUUACUGCAGUAGUGGUCAAAGCCACCCUCGUCUGGCUCGUGGAGAAAGCUACACCUGUGGAUAUAAACCUUUCCGAUGUGAGGUAUGUAACUACUCGACCACGACAAAGGGUAACCUAAGCAUCCACAUGCAGUCAGAUAAACACCUGAACAACAUGCAGACGCUACAGAAUGGAGGUUCCAUCGGAUCUGCGCAGGAGCAGGUAUUUGGACACGGCCCGGGAGGUGUGGUGGCAGUGCCGUCAGUGACCCAGGCCAGUAGCCAUCACCCUGCCCACCACCACUCCACACAGUCCUCUGCCCACAUAACUGGACCAUGUGGGGCCCCCUCACCGACCAAGCCAAAGAGCAAACCUACUUGGCGAUGUGAGGUAUGUGACUACGAAACCAACGUGGCACGGAACCUGCGUAUCCACAUGACCAGCGAGAAACACAUGCAUAACAUGAUGCUUCUCCAGCAAAACGUGACUCAGAUGCAGCAUGGCCGAAUAGCGCUGGGGGCAAUGCCCUCGCCCUCAGAGGCUGAGCUCUAUCAGUAUUACCUGACGCAGAAUAUGAGCCUACCACCUGGCUUAAAGAUGGACCCGACUGGACCUGAGGCUCAGUUCCUGAUGGGGGGCUUUUCUUUAGAUCCCAGCAUGGCUGCCUUGGCCCCUGCACUUGUAGGUGGAGAGAUUCCAAUGGACAUGCGGCUGGGCAGUGGGCAGUUGGUGUCUGAAGAGCUGAUGACGCUAGGAGAAAGUCUAUCACAAACCAGCGACCCCUCUCUCAAACUCUUCCAGUGUGCUGUGUGCAACGGUUUCACAACUGACAACUUGGAUGUGCUUGGCCUCCACAUGGGAGCAGAGCGCAGCCUACCUGAAGAGGAGUGGCGCGCCGUGGUGGGCGACUCUCACCAGUGCAAGUUGUGCCACUACACCACUCAGCUCAAGGCCAAUUUCCAACUGCACUGCAAGACAGACAAGCACAUUCAAAAGUACCAGCUUGUGGCCCAUAUCAAGGAAGGAGGCAAAGGCAAUGAAUGGCGAUUGAAAUGUGUGGCCAUUGGCAACCCCGUACACCUGAAAUGCAAUGCUUGUGACUACUAUACUAACAGCUUGGAGAAGCUAAGGAUGCACACGGUCAAUUCCCGACAUGAGGCCAGCCUCAAACUUUACAAGCACCUGCAGCAGCACGAAAACGCGGUGGAGGGUGAUGCCUGCUACUACCACUGUGUGCUGUGCAACUACUCCACCAAGGCCAAGCUCAACCUGAUCCAGCAUGUGCGCUCUAUGAAGCACCAGCGCAGCGAGAGCCUAAGGAAGCUGCAGCGCUUGCAGAAGGGCCUGCCGGAGGACGACGAGGACCUCAGCUCCAUCUUCACCAUCCGCAAAUGUCCCUCGUCAGAUACAGGAGAGCUGAGUGAGGAUGUGGAGGCUGCGAGUGAGACCACUACAGACCAGGAGGACCAAACCAAAGACAGAGAAAGUGGGGGGGAGAAGGAGCUCACCAAAGGGACAGCAGUGUCUGUCCACUCGGAACAGCGGCACACAGAUUCUCCGAUCCAGAGCAAAAGGCCCUCAUCACGGUCGGGCACAUCUGAGAGUGCAGUCUCCUCAAAGCGUCCCCGGACUGCUGAAAAGCGAGCUGCAGAGCAGAUGUACCAGUGCCCUUACUGCAAGUUCACCAACACAGACCUGAAUCGUCUCAGAAUGCAUGUGAUGACGCAGCACUCUGUCCAGCCCAUGUUACGCUGCCCGCUGUGUCAGGACAUGCUCAACAACAAGGUCCACCUGCAGUUCCACCUCACGCACCUGCACAGUGUCGCGCCCGACUGUGUUGAUAAGCUAAUUGCCACAGUGACCGCAACUGAUGUUCUCCCUGCAAGCAUGUUCAUACCCGUGCCUGGUCCAUUAAAAGAGACACAGAAUCCUUCACAUGCUGUUGCCAACUCCGAAGAUACAAAGAAACAAGCUGAUUCAUCAGAUGUUGAUCUUGAGAAAGGGGUUUCAUUGUCUACAGAAAUAGCUGAAGCUCGCAAGUCCCCUCUUGAAGAUCAACAAACAGAGAAGGAUGAUGCGACAGGAUUCCUGUGCUGGAAGAAAGGCUGUAAUCAAGUGUUCAAGUCGUCCAACUCUCUCCAGAUGCACUUCAAUGAAGUCCACAACAAAAGGCCUCAGCUGCCUGUGUCAGAUCGCCAUGUCUACAAGUACCGUUGUAACCAAUGCAGCUUGGCCUUUAAGACCGUGGAGAAGCUACAACUGCAUUCUCAGUACCAUGUGAUCAGAGCAGCCACUAUGUGCUGCCUCUGCCAGCGGAGUUUCAGGACACUACAAGCAUUAAAAAAACAUUUAGAAACAAGCCACCUGGAGUUGAGUGAAGCUGAUAUCCAACAGCUCUAUGGCGGCUUAUUGAUGAAUGGGGACAUUAUGGUCAUGAGUGACGUAGCCCUUGGUGAUGAGCAUGGAGGUCUGGGAGAAGAUGACAAAGAGGGAGAUGAGAGUGACCCUGAAGAAAAGCAAAGUCCAACAGGCAGUGACUCUGGCUCUCUACUGGAAGAUUCUGGCUCUGAACCCAAACGCGCUUUGCCAUUCAGAAAGGGCCCCAACUUUACAAUGGAAAAAUUUUUGGAUCCAUCUCGUCCUUUCAAAUGCACAGUGUGCAAAGAGUCUUUCACACAGAAGAACAUUCUUCUUGUUCACUACAACUCUGUCUCCCAUCUGCACAAGGUGAAACGAGCUCUUCAGGAGUCUACCAGUGGUCAGCCAGAGCCUACUAGCAGCCCUGACAACAAGCCAUUUAAGUGUAGCACCUGUAACGUGGCAUACAGCCAGAGUUCUACUUUGGAAAUCCACAUGCGCUCUGUUUUACACCAAACAAAAGCUAGGGCAGCCAAACUUGAAGCGGCAGGGGGAAUACCAAGCUCUGCAAGUAUUACUGCCACGAGUGGCGGAAGUACUAUAAUCAGCACUUCAACAAGUCCCAGCCCAGCAAGCAACUCAACAAACUCUACCAACCACAGUUCUUCUGGGUCUCAAACAGCUCAGAGUCUCAUUGGAGGAACUCACACAUCCCAGGGUCACAGCCAUGAGACCAGCAGCUUAGUAAGCAGCCGUUCCUCACCAUCAGAGAACCAUGAAGCAAAAAAGGCAAAAUAUACAGACAUGAUGUCUGCAAGAGGACAACAGCAGCUUCAGCAACAACAGCAAUUGGCUCAAGCUCAAGCCCAGGCCCAAGCCCAACUUCAGCAAGAGCUACAGCAACAGGCUGCUCUUCUGCAAUCCCAGCUCUUUAACCCAGCACUUCUGCAGCACUUCCCCAUGACAACUGAUGCACUUAUUUCCUUGCAACAGCAGCAGUUGCUGUUUCCUUUCUAUAUCCCUGGAGGAGAAUUUCAGCUAAACCCAGAGAUCAACAUCAGUAAUUCAGCACUUGGCCUAACAGGAUCAACAACCUCGCUGCUGGAAGAUCUCAAAAACUCAGCCCAGCAGAGUUGCUUACAGCAGCAACUGAUGCACCACCACCUUCAGCAACAACAACAGCAGCAGCAGCAGCAGCAGCCUCACUCACAGGCUCAGGGGCAGAUGGCUUUGCUGCAGCAAAGUGCUUCUUUCCACCAGCAAGUUGAAAAAAAACAGAAACCUUCUUCCUCUCAAAUUGACAAAGAAAAAGACUUGCAAAGAGAAAAAAACAUUACUGAAAAAAACGAUGAUGCCAACAAAGAGUCAAUGGACAAAUUAAAAGAAAGGAAGGAACUUCAACAUAUUUCAACCAGUAUAAGCCAUGAAACAGGCUUACUUCCACCAAGAAUUGCUUCAGAUGCCCGUGGAAAUGCAACCAAAGCCCUGCUAGAAAAUUUUGGGUUUGAGUUAGUUAUACAGUAUAAUGAAAAUAAACAAAAAUCCCAGAAAAAAGGAACUGGACCUACAGGAUCAAGUGGACCAGGUGGCAUCACAAGAGUGGUUGAUCCCAUUGAGAGAUUAGAGAAACUGGAAUGUGAAGCUUGCGGCAAGCUGUUUUCGAAUAUACUGAUUCUAAAGAGCCACCAAGAGCAUAUCCACCAGGCUUUCUUUCCAUUCCGAUCCCUUGAGAGAUUCGCCAAGGAAUACAGAGAGAAUUAUGAUAAACUAUAUCCACUGAGACCCCCUACACCAGAGGCUGCUCCUGCUCCUCCACCUCCUCCCCCACCUCCUCCACCCCAAAGAGCUCCCACACCAAAUAUUCCUGUCUCCACUGCCUCACUCACACCUCCAACUGUACCUACUCCACAGCCUCAAAUUACCAUGCCUCAAAUUACCAUGUCAAUGGAUUUGCCUAUGUUCUCACCACUAAUAAUGCAGCCCAUGUCUCUCCAGUCCUUGCCCACCCAGAUGCCCCCUCAACUACAGUCUGUUGAAACUAGCCUGGCCUCAGACUUGGCCCAGCUGUACCAACAACAGCUCACUCCAGCCAUGCUUCAGCAGCAACAGAACAAGAGGCCACGGACACGUAUCACAGAUGACCAGCUUCGGGUCUUGCGACAGUACUUUGAUAUUAACAAUUCACCCAAUGAAGAACAGAUUAAAGAAAUGGCAGAUAAAUCAGGAUUGCAACAAAAAGUCAUAAAGCACUGGUUCAGAAACACCCUUUUCAAAGAAAGACAGCGCAACAAAGACUCACCAUACAACUUCAAUAAUCCACCAACCACAACACUUGAAGACACUAAAAUUGACUCUAAACCUCCUUCCCCUGAACCACAGAAGCACGAUUUUUAUGGAAGUAAGAGAUCUUCUAGAACUAGGUUUACUGAUUACCAGCUGAGAAUCCUACAAGAUUUCUUUGAUGCCAAUGCCUAUCCUAAAGACGAUGAGUUUGAACAGCUUUCCAACCUUCUAGGCCUCCCUACUCGUGUCAUUGUUGUUUGGUUCCAAAAUGCUCGCCAGAAGGCAAGGAAAAAUUAUGAAAACCAGAGUGACGGGGUGAAAGAGGGCGAGAGACGAGAACUCUCAAACGACCGAUAUAUUCGCACCUCAAAUCUAAAUUAUCAGUGUAAAAAAUGCAGCCUUGUGUUCCAAAGAAUAUUUGAUCUGAUAAAACACCAGAAGAAACUAUGCUACAAAGAUGAGGAUGAAGACGGGCAGUAUGAAAGCCACAAUGAGGAUUCUAUGGAUCUUUCUAAUGAAUGUUAUACUCCCUCUGGUUCUUCCUGCCACACCCCAAUGCCGUCAUCUUCAAGUCUCUGCCCCCUGCCACCCUCCACUUCAGCAUUCGCUCACCUCUCUUCUGCUGAUAAGGAUGAGGCGUCACCAGCAACCACCUCAAGCCUCCAUGAAGAAAAGUCAAAAGAGCUAUCAGGCAUCUCUGCUGAUCCCCAAGAAAAUAAAACAGCUAUCAAGCAGGAAAAUGUUUCGCAAACCCAGUCCGAGUCACAGCAGCUUAGACAUCAGCGAGAAGAGAAGAUGCAGUGUCUUACCAAGCCCAACAAACAUUCCUCUUCUUCCUUUAAUCAACAACAACAGAGUGGUCCAUCAGCUUCUCAGACGAGCCAGGCCCUGUCUCAAAGCUCCCACAUGAGCCAUAAUCCACACCUGAGCUCUGCUACGCAACAAAUGGCCCAGCAGAUGAUCCAAUAUCAGUGUGAUCAGUGCAAGAUUGGCUUCCCCUCUUUUGAGCACUGGCAGGAGCACCAGCAAUUACACUUCCUCUCUGUGCAAAAUCAGUUCAUCCACCCACAAUUUCUUGACCGCUCAAUGGACAUGUCUUUCAUGCUAUUUGACCCAAGCAAUCCUCUCCUAGCAAGUCAGUUACUCUCUGGGGCAAUGCCCCAGAUUCCCACCAGCUCCGCCACCUCUCCAUCCACACCCACCUCCACCAUGAACUCCCUAAAAAGGAAGCUAGAGGAGAAAGCUGGCACUAGCCCGGGAGAGAAUGACAGCACAAAUAGUGAAGAGCCACAGAGAGAUAAGCGGCUUAGAACCACCAUCACACCUGAGCAGCUGGAAAUUCUCUAUCAGAAGUAUCUAUUAGAUUCUAACCCUACACGCAAGAUGCUUGACCACAUUGCUCAUGAGGUGGGGUUGAAGAAAAGAGUCGUGCAAGUCUGGUUUCAAAAUACCAGAGCAAGAGAGAGAAAAGGACAGUUUAGGGCAGUGGGGCCGGCUCAAGCUCAUCGAAGAUGCCCUUUUUGUCGAGCUCUUUUUAAAGCAAAAACUGCUCUUGAGGCACACAUUCGCUCUCGCCAUUGGCACGAGGCCAAGCGUGCUGGCUAUAAUUUGGCCCUGACUAGUAUGCUUCCUGAUCAGGAGGGCAUGCAAAUAAAGUUGGAUGCUUUGGAGGCAGCAAGCUAUUCCCAAAUGGUGUCAUCAAAUAUGGAUGGACAAAGCUCUUCGAUGUCUCCUGUGAAUAGAGGAAUGGAUUUGUCUCCUAGAGCUCUACUAAGUCCUUCAUCUAUUAAAGUUGAAGGUAUGGAAGAUUUUGAGAACACAGCCAUGUCUUCUGUGAACAUCAGCUUUGAUCCAAACAAGUUGGAUAAUGACGACUGUUCGUCGGUCAAUACAGCCAUCACAGAUACAACGACAGGUGAUGAAGCUAAUGCUGAUAAUGACAGUGCUGAUGCAAAACACAGCCAAAGUAGUAGUGAUUACCUGUCUAAACCUGGGGGGACUGCCCCCAACCUUGAAAAUGAUGACCAGAUGUCUUCAGGGCUGGUAAGCCCUGCAAUGAGCUAUUAUGCCAAGGACUAUGAAAAUGAACAUAUAAUUGACCACAGCGAGACAUCCAGCCUGGCUGAUCCAUGCUCGCCAAGUCCCGGAGCUUCAGGUACCAGGAGCAUUGACAGUGGAGAUCGCCCUGGUCAAAAGCGCUUCCGAACCCAGAUGACCAACCUCCAACUUAAAUUAUUGAAGUCCUGUUUUAAUGACUACAGGACUCCCACUAUGCUUGAAUGUGAGGUACUUGGCAAUGAUAUUGGACUUCCAAAGAGAGUGGUUCAGGUGUGGUUUCAAAAUGCCCGUGCCAAGGAGAAAAAGGCAAAACUUAACAUGGCCAAGCACUUUGGAAUUAAUCAGACAUCCUACGACGGGCCGAAGACUGAAUGCACUUUGUGCGGUGUUAAGUACAGUGCCCGCCUCUCUGUCCGCGAUCACAUAUUUUCCCAGCAGCACAUCUCCAAGGUGAAGGAUACCAUUGGCAGCCAGAUCGAUAAGGAAAAGGAAUACUUUGACCCAGCUACUGUCCGUCAACUUAUGGCUCAGCAAGAGAUGGACCGCAUUAAGAAGGCCAAUGAAGUUUUAGGGUUGGCACAGCAGCAGGCCAUGCAGCAACAGGGGAUGUUUGAUAACCCAGCAAUGCAGGCGUUGAAUCUCCAGUCAGCCUAUUCUAAUCUGCAAGGCAUUCCACCUGUCCUCUUGCCAGGGGUUGGAAGCCCCUCUCUUUCCAGCUUUAACUCCUCUAAUUCAGCUUUAACUCCACCAAAACCUUCAAACCUGCUGAACAUGCCUGGUGCCGGUGUUCCCUCGCCAAGCCUCCCCACGUCUGGAUUGCCUAACAAGCCGCCUUCCUCAUCGUCCCUGUCCACAUCCAGCCCAGCACAGACCAGCACUUCUGUUUCCCGCUCAAGCCCCACCUCAAUAUCCAACUCCACUUCUUCAACCAGCCACUCCAUCUCCCGUCCCGAACACCCUAAAGAGCGUGAAGGUGAGAGGUUUAGAGACAAGGAAAAGCCAAAGGAAAAGACGGAGAAGCCCUCAACUCCAUCAUCAACUGGAGGCACCCCUGCCCCUUCUACUUCUGCUGCCAGUGCCAAGAAAGAAAAACCAGACCCUGCUGUUCCAGCCACCUCUAUGCCAACCCCUGGUAUGGAGUAUGUGGUGGACCCUGCCCAGCUUCAGGCCCUACAGGCUGCCUUGGCUUCAGACCCUACUGCCCUUCUCACGAACCAGUUUCUGCCCUACUUCAUGCCUGGCUUUUCCCCAUACUACACUCCUCAGAUCCCAGGUGCUCUCCAAGGGGGUUACCUGCAACCUAUGUACGGUAUGGAAAGUCUCUUCCCUUACAAUCCUGCCUUGUCACAAGCUCUUAUGGGCCUUUCUCCAGGGUCUCUGCUGCAGCAUUACCAGCAAUAUCAGCAGAGCUUGCAAGAAGCGCUACAGCAGCAGCAGCAGCAGCUUCAGCAGAUCCAGCAACCCAAGGCAAGCCAAAAUCAAGCCCCCUCUAAAUCCUUGGGGAAUCGGAAGGAGUCUGCCAAAGAUCCAGUUAAAACAGAGGAGCAAAAGGGCAACCCCCGUAGUGCAUCCCCCACCACCCUUUCCACAUCUUCCACUCCUAAUAAAAUACACACUGCGCUGAACGAGGUGGAUGGAAAAGCUGCGGAUCCCCAUCUGGACAAAUUCAUUGUCCCCAAGGCACAGUAUAAACUGGCAUGCCGCAAGUGUCAAGCAGUUUUCACCAAGGAAGAAGCGGCUAUUACCCACCUUAAGUCCAACUGUUUUUUUGGUCAGUCUGUGGCAAACCUGCAAGAGAUGUUGCUGCGUGUCCCCAGUGGCGUAGGUGCAGGGGCUGGAAGUCUCUACGACUGCCUGGCCUGCGACACUACGUUGGAUGGGGAAAAAGCACUCAGUCAACACUUGGAAUCAGCUUUGCACAAACACAGAACAAUCAAGCGAUCAUCCAGAAAUGCCAAAGAGCACGCUACUAGUUUAUUACCUCACUCUUCAGCCUGCUUCCCCAAUCCUAACACCACAUCUACCUCGCAGUCUGCCACUCAUCCCAUCAGCAGCCCCACUCCGCCGCCAACGACAUCAGCUACCAUGCCAUCAUCUGCCGUGUCCGCCACCCUUUGCUCUUCCUCCUCCUCCAGUACCCAGCUCAACACCACAGCUGCCGGCAAACCCUGGCCCCAGGCCCCUUUCUCCAGAGCUUUAGUAGGGAAGCCCAAUGCCAGUCUCUCAACUGCUUCCUCCUUGUUUCCUCCAGUGUCCUCACCCUCAACGGUUACCUCAAGUUCAUUGAGCACCUCAGGAGUUCAGACCUCGAUACCAACAGACGUCUUUACUGACGAGUCUGACUCUGACAGCAGUCAGAAGUCAACAGACAGGCUGGGCAGGACGGCGGACGAACCGCAACAACCUGGCUUCGUCAAAGACAGUAGUUCUUGUGGUAGUAAUCUCACUAGCGUAGAAACAGACUCCAUCAGAUUGUAAAAGAGCUUUCGGUGAUGGACAAUGUUUAAAAAACACAAAAAGAAAAAAAAAAACACAAAUGGAAAAAAACAUAAAAAGCAGCAAUGUUAAAUACAGUAAAGGUAUACAAACCAAUUUCAGAAAAAGAUGUAAAGACUUACUGCAAUUCCAAAGCUUGUAACCAAAAAUUUCAAUGUUAGUGGAUCAUUUUCCCAUAUCAACAUGCUGGUUUUCAUUUUGUUUCCUUUUGCUCAACUGAAACACAUGCAUAUAUAUGGGAGGAGAAAAAAAUGAUGCAGACGAAGACUGACAAAUGGCCCAAGAAAAAAAUCAGAUGUUUCUUAAUGGUUUCCUAAUGUAAUAGUGCGCUCAGAAAAAGCCGGUAUGUGCUGUAUAGGAGAAUGGUCUGGUCCACGUUCUUGCUAUUUAAGCAUUCAGAUACCAAUGGCUUGCAAAAGUAAAAUAAUGUAUUGUCUAUUUUAUUCUCAGGUCAACGGAUCACAAAUGUUUUGUUCUAUUACACAAAUCCAUGUUUUACACUUUCUGUUUCUUCAUGUCUUCAUUUACUUAUUUUAAUUAGAGUGAAAAUUGAUUUGGCGUUUUUCUGGGCAUUACAAUGGCAGUUAAUUGGCUGAGUUUAACUCUUGAAAAAGGAUGAAUGAAAUGGAGGAGAAUUGUUGUUCAUUGUUAAUACCGAGACAAAGAGAGCAUUGCAGACAUGCGAAUGGGCCAAAUUGAGUUUUGAUGACUAGGAUCAAAAAUGAAAAAUACCAACUCUCUGUAUUUAUAAUAGUUCUGAACAUUUUUGGUGUUAUGUAGAUUGUUGCAUUGGAAAUGAAUUGAAGCAGUACGUGUACAUUUAGCUUUUGUAUUGUCCAACUUUAAAACGCUUCAUUUGAUGUGGUCUUGGUCAUUCCGAUAGAUUAGAUGAUGAUGAUGAUGAUGAUAACGGGCAGGUCAAGGAUUCAAGCUGUCUUCUUCUCAACCUUGUUGGGAGAUAUUCACCCAGAUUUCCCUCCUGAUAAUUUAAAAUGUAUGGGCCAUUAGGUACUCCAUCAACUGGCAGAAAGCAGGUGUUGUGGGUGAACUAUUGAACAUUUUAUUUAAUUUGUUGUUACCUUUGUGCACUUAUAACUGUCUGACUCUUAUUUCCCACUUGACUUGUUCUUCUCUUCGCACUUAUUUCUCGCCGCUGUUCUGUCUUUGUAGAUAUGUACACGACAAUGCAGGUCUUCACUUUUUACUUGUUGUCAUACAUGACCAUGAAAAAAAGAAAAAUAAUAAUAAUUCUCACGCUUUAAGACAAAAAGAAAAUCCAAAGACUGAACACUUUCACCAUUGGUGCAUAAAGAUGAGAAAAGAGGCUUCUUUAUACUUGAUAAUUUGUGGCUGUUUUUAAAGGAGAGAAAAAGAUAAAGGAGUGCGCAUCAGAGUUGCCGUUUUUGCUUGUUUGCAAGCAAACAGGUGGCUUUUUUACGUAAAUACCAAAUACCAAAAAGGGCCCUUGUCCUUGCAUUGUGGAGUAGCACCGUUACAGAGCCAUUGCAGUUUGUAAAAUAGAGUUAUGAACUUUUUUUGACGUUCGUCACGCUCAAAUGUCCAUUUUUUAAGAUCAUGUGUAAGGCCUGGUCGUCAGUGACAUACCUUUUGCUGCUAAUGUAGAAUUUUGAAAGAAGUCGAAGACAAAAAGUACAUAGAUGCAUGCUUAUUUUGCUUUUUGCUAAGCUUUAAUGAAACACAAACAAUAAACCAAUUUCUUGCCUCUGCAACACCUUUUUUGGUUUCUUGUUGCAAAAACGGAACUUUGAAGACUGUGAAUAUGUUUGUUCCAAAGGACAUUUUGCUGAUUUUCUUUUUGAACAGACCAAUGUUUCAAGCCAAUGAUGACGUGUGUAAAGAACAGUGCAUUCCUAAUACCGCGAUGGAGUUUUCUUUCUUGACGAGUAAGGACUGAACUUUUGUCAUUUCAAUUAUUUUAACAGUCAAAAUCGAUUUUCACUCCAUUUGUCAUGUGACUGUCAACUGUUUGUGUACAUUUUUACCGAACAAAGUGAUCUCCAAAGGUCCGCUCCAUCCAUUUGAGGUUGUUGCUCACUUGUUUAAGCGAGUCAUGGUGGUUACCAAAAAGUGUGUAUAAUACAUCUGGUACUGAUGUGUCUCCUAGCUUUUAGUCAUAUGUUUGCCAGUCAACAUACAGCUAUAGUUUCAGGGGAGAAUGAUAGCUUUUAAACUGUGGUGAGAUUGACGUGUCCAAUGUGUAAGCAGGGUGCCACUUUUACACAUAGAUUACAGGUCCGGAGGGGCAUCUUCAUUCCAAAGCAUAAUUUCUGGUCAACAGGAGGAUUUUUGGAGAUGUCCUUCAAUGUUCAAAGGGUUAGGAGGCGUUCAUGUCCCAAAGAACUCACCCACUUCAUCUUAUUGCAAUGCAAAAGGAUGUGCAUAUAGGUACCCCCUCCCUCUCACUGAUGACAAAAUGUAUAUUUUUUCAACCAAAACCAAGACUUAUUUAAAUUUGUGGAAAAAAGAAAAAUCUUUUUUUGACCAAUAUUGUAUAGCCAAUUUAUAUAUAGUAUAUACAAAUAACCCCCAAGUAAUCUUUAAUGGUGUUGAUACCAUAGCAUGCUGUUAAAAUCAUCACAUGGAGCCUGCAAGCUUGCCACGUGUCCAAAGUUCAAUUUGAUUAAAUUGUGUGUACCUUUUUUUUAUAUAUUUUAAAUUAUAUCCCCCCUCCCCCCAAAUGUAUUUUAAAUGUUAAUACGUCAGACAUGUAUUUUCUUUUUCUUAUCUAUUCUUUGUUACUAUAUAUUAUUUCAAUCAUAAAUUAACAUUAGCUUCAAUUUUAAAGAAAUUAGGAAACACAAUAUGUCCUGGCCACUUUGUGGAGUUUUUUUUAUUCUUAUUUUUUUAUUCCAAAAGUAUAAUCAUUUUGACUGAGCCAGCAUGGCCUAGAUGUGUGUGUGUGUGUGUGUGUGUGUGUGUGUGUGUGUGUGUGUGUGUGUGUGUGUGUGUGUGUGUGUGUGUGUGUGUGUGUGUGUGUUAAGAGCCAAUCCAUUCUUUCCCUCAUUGUGUCUUUUGUGUUACACACCCAAACUGACAAAGUAAACUAGAAAAUGAAAUGAUCGUAAGUGAUCCUGAUUGCAAAGCACUGAACAGCUUUUACUUUGAAUGUGGCCAAAGCUUUAUGCAGUUCAAAAAAAAAAGAAAAAAAAGAAACCUGUGCCCCUAAAAUUAAUUGUAUAUUUUAUUGCAACACUUCUGUGGAUUUUCCACAGUGCUACUUUUGGGAUUGACAUGAAAAGGUUUUUGCUGUCGAGGUCAUCUUUGCCCACUGUGAAAAGGCGUGUGUACCUGUAUACAGAUAAAAAAAUAUAUUUAAAACAAGCCACAACUUUUAUUUAGUUUAUUUCUGAGAUGAAGACGAACUGAAAAGAAUAGACAAAAACUUUGUGGGGAGGACACAAGAGGCUGUGGGCACAGCAAAACUGGGCAUGGGAGCCUCGGAAACAGCUUUAAAAACCACCUCCUUAUUUGAUGAGUGACGACUCCCAAUGGACUCUGGAACCAAGGGACACGUGUGACAGAGGACUGAAACUGGGGUGGCUGCAGCCGCCUCUUUCCUCCUUUCUUUGCCUCCGCUCUUCUUAGGGACCUUCCCCGACUUUCAGGACAGGAUGGACGCUUGCUUGCCUCUACUUUCCGCCUCCUUGACGUUGCUACCUGUCUCCUCUUUCCUCCGCUUGUCAUGGGUUGACAAGCAAGUUGUGCGGCAGCUUGCCCCUCUUACUGAACAGUCCUGUUUUUUUUAAGAAAACAAGAGGCAGUUGUACACUUAAAGAAAAGCAUAUUAACCAAAAUCAACAACCAAACUAACAACCAAACAACCAUUUGCUCCAACUUCAAAGAUGAACUGUUACUUGGAGCGAACUGUUUCUUUUGUGACUUCUGGUGCCACAAUGUUUGUUUGUUUUUAAAAAAAAAAAAAACAACCUUUUCAACUUUUUCGUUGGUUUCCUUCAAUGACUCCUCGUUUGAGCCUCAUAAGCAUGGCUCUGUGGCUCCAGGCAGCCCAGCUGAGGGUAGAAAAAACAGCCUUGCAAUGUACAAAAAAGAGCAAGUUAAACCAAAAAUGUUGUUCUUGAUGUCUUUUCUAUACUGUAGUCUUGUUAGCUUUUUUGUUACUGUAAUUAUAUGAUGAAGCUUUCCAGACUGUACCAAAUGACAUGGAAAUUAACAUACACACACUACACACAUGGAACUUCAGACUUUUAAAGAAACUUUUGUCACAAAACCUUGUUGUCCUAGUUAAGUUGAUUGUAGAUGGUAAUUGAAUAUACUCCUUUGAAAAUAUUUCAUCAAGUAUGUUUCUUGCUCAUUGUGAUACAUUAAAAUAAGUAUGAGCAUAAA